GACUUGACCAAAACUUCAAGGUCUGACUUAACCAAGCUAUCUAACAGCAUCAUCAUCGAAAUUUCAGAGAUGGGUACUGUUUACCCCCCCUUCCAACAAGAAGCCCAUCCUCUUGGUGAUGGCAACCAGCCCUAUGACCCAAACAUGCAACUCAUGGCCCAAGAUCCAUCAGGCAUGAAUCUAUACGGCACGCUUCCCCAGGGGCCUUGGGAGCAAUGGUGGUCUCCCGAGAAUGCCGCCUUUGCCGAAGCAUCAGACAUGGCCGCUCCAAAUGUCUACGCGCAAGAACAGCAACAACAAUACCCCCAAUACGCCUACGAUCAAGAUGCCUCGACAGAAUGGGCAUCUCCUUCAACCUCAAUGCACAGCUGUCCUGUUCCAUCCCCUUCCACCGAGUCAACAAGCGUAGAGAAUGCCACCGGUGACUCCGAAAGCCGCCGGGGCUCUUCAUCAACCCAGCCCGACAAACGAAAGCGUAGUGCGAGUCGAUCUACAGCCUCAAAAGUCCCAAGACGCGCGUCAACUCGGAAGACGACCAAGCCAGAAACAGUCUCAGAAAAGCCCAGAGGACGCGGCAAAGGCAAAGCAGCCGCCAAGCCCCAACCUACGAAAUCGCCGUCUCCCGAACCGGAAGAACUCCACGAGUACAACAGAAAGGUCCAGGAGAGGAACCGCAUCGCCUCCAACAAAUUCCGCGUCAAGAAGCGCGAGAACGCCAAGAAACUUAGAGCUAACGAACACGACAUGGAACGGGCAAACCGCGACUUGUCAGGCUGCGUGUCCGACCUCACGAUGCAGGUCUACGAACUCAAGAUGAGACUCCUACAACACACCGACUGCGAAUGCCAGUUGAUUCAAGACUUCAUCGCGAGUGAAGCACACCGAUACAUCCAAGACCUAGGCGAUGGAAAACAGAAACAUGCGACCCUGCCGCUUUGCCCUCUUCCCAAGCACAAUUGA